GAAAGCGUACAGCUGAGGACGCGUGGAAUGACUUCGCAAAGUUCAUGUGGCUGCUUAGUCCCUAUUUGCCAGGGGUUAAUAUAUAUGUGACCGGUGUGUCCCUCAGUGGACGUGGAGAUUAAUUUCAAACUCUCGUGUGUUAAUGUCAGAUUCCCAACAACCGCAAUGUUUCCAUCGAGAACGGACGUGUUGAGCGAGGUUUGGCGAGACAACAUCUUUCGCAAUAAGGUCGUCUUUUGUACAGGUGGUGCCGGGUCCAUCUGCAGUGUUCAGGUUCGCGCGUUAGUUCUAUUGGGCGCUAAUGCCGCUAUUGUUGGCCGCAAUCCCGAAAAGACAAGACAGGUGGCCGCCGAUAUUGCUAGGAGUCGGGAUGGCGCAAAAGUUAUAGGGAUUGGCGGUGUUGAUGUUCGGAAGCCGGAGAGUAUUACUGCGGCAGCGGCUAAGUGCGCGGAGGAGCUUGGCGCCAUCGACUUUGUAAUUGCCGGUGCAGCUGGAAACUUCGUUGCUCCAAUCUCACGACUUUCUGCCAAUGCUUUCAAGUCUGUCAUCGACAUUGACCUCACUGGUUCUUAUAACACUUUCAAAGCGACAGUACCUUACUUGCUGAGGUCCGCGUUAAAACAUAGGUCAGCAGACAGUUUAGGUAGCCCCUUGGGCACCGGUGGCCGUAUCAUCUUCAUAUCUGCAACACUACACUAUGCCGGAACUCCCUUUCAGGCCCAUGUUGGUGCGGGAAAGGCGGGAGUAGAUUCACUGUCGUCCUCUAUUGCAAUUGAAUACGGGCCUAUGGGGAUAACAUCCAAUGUUAUUGCUCCUGGUCCUAUCUCUGACACUGAGGGUAUGAGACGCCUAGCUGCUGCAGAUGGAGAGAAAACAGCCAGAAAAGGUGUACCCCUUGGUCGAUGGGGCCGAAAGAAAGAGAUCGCCGACGCUACCAUCUAUCUGUUCAGCGACACUGGAAACUUUAUCAAUGGGACGUUACAAGUGGUUGAUGGCGCAGCAUGGCGGCUGGGUGCAUUAGCAUCAGCACGUGUUGAGUAUCCAGAGGCACUGGAGGCCAUGAUGGAGGGAACCCCAGAUCUUAAACCAUUUGGCGCCGGAGCAAAUACCAAGCUUUAAGUUAAGUUACAGGAAAUCUCAUUUAAUGCCAAAUC